CUCUCUCUCUCUCUCUCUCUCUCUCUCUCUCAUCUUACUCUGCAGGGUUGGAAAGUUCAAUUACUCCACAAACUUUCUUUAAAAGUAGAAUUAUCUUUGUGCUAUAUGUCUUUACAUGUCUCUGUUCGAAUUAUGAACUUUGACCAUUAUAUACAAUAAACUACGUCUGUCUUGUAUUCGUAUGCUGUAGAAUGGAAGGAUACUCCAGCGAAAAGCUUUUAAAGGGAGCAGAAGAGGAAGAAAAUGUUAAGCUCAAGGACAAAAUAUGGAACGAAUCCAAAAAAAUGUGGGUUGUGGCUGGACCUGCUAUUUUUACCCGAUUUUCAGCAUUCGGAGUAAGCGUCAUUAGCCAGGCAUUUGUUGGCCAUAUUGGCUCCACGGAACUUGCAGCGUACGCUUUGGUCUCUACUGUUCUGUUGAGAUUUGCCAAUGGGAUUGUGUUGGGCAUGGCCAGUGGAUUAGAAACUCUAUGUGGACAAGCCUAUGGAGCAAAACAGUAUCACAUGCUUGGGAUAUAUCUUCAACGAGCAUGGCUUGUUUUGUUCGUAACCUCAACUCUACUUACGCCAAUAUUUUAUUUUGCGAGCUCGAUUUUAAAAGCUUUAGGCCAAGAUGAAAGCAUUGCAGAAGUGGCCGGAAUUAUUGGUAUCUGGUUCAUUCCUGCGAUAUACGCCUUUGUUAUAUCAUAUAGCUGCCAAAUAUACCUACAGGCACAGAGUAAGAACGUGGUUAUUACUUACUUGGCGGCAUUUUCGUUAUCCAUCCACAUCUUUCUCUCAUGGCUUCUAACAGUUAAGUACAAGUUUGGGAUUACUGGGGCUAUGGUGUCUACUCUUUUGGCAUACUGGAUCCCUAAUGCGGGUCAGCUAAUAUUUGUUGUCUCUGGAGGGUGUCCGGAAACAUGGAAAGGUUUUUCGUCUUUAGCUUUUAAGGAUCUUUGGCCGAUAAUCAAGCUUUCUUUAUCGUCUGGUGCAAUGAUCUGUCUUGAGCUCUGGUACAACACAAUACUGAUUCUUUUGACCGGAAAUCUGAAAAAUGCCGAGGUUGCAAUUGAUGCUCUUUCAAUAUGUAUUAACAUCAAUGGUUGGGAAAUGAUGAUCGCUCUUGGUUUCUUGGGUGCAGCAAGCGUCCGUGUCUCAAAUGAGCUUGGAAGUGGGAACUCUAAAGCCGCAAAGUUCUCAAUCAUUAUGACAGUGUUAACGUCGUUAGCCAUUGGACUAGUUCUAUUUGUAUUUUUCCUGUUUUUCCGUGGACAUCUAGCUUAUAUCUUCACAAAAAGUCAAGAUGUGGCAAAGGCAGUCGCUCAUUUGUCACCUCUUCUAGCAUUUUCCAUACUCUUGAACAGUGUUCAACCAGUUCUUUCGGGUGUUGCCAUUGGUGCUGGACAGCAGAGCAGAGUAGCAUACGUUAACAUCGGAUCCUAUUACAUAGUAGGAAUCCCUAUCGGAGUUGUGCUUGGUUAUGUUAUCAAACUACAAGUUGAAGGUGUUUGGAUUGGAAUGUUAAUUGGCACGCUCGUCCAAACUAUCAUACUUCUAAUAUUAACCUUCAGAACUAACUGGGAUGACGAGGUAUCCGUUGCUCGUAGACGAGUUGAUAGAUGGUUUGUGGAAGCUGAAACUGAUACACAUUUGCCAUCAACUGUCUAAUGCAGUCUAAUGGGGCACAUGCUUGUUCAUGCUUCUCCAAGAAAACAUGCACAAACAAGUUUUUUGUUUGAUGAAAUUUUAUGAUCCACAAAUUUGUAUGAUACACUUCGAUGCAAAUAAGUAGAUUUGAACUUAUUUAAGUGAAUAUUAUAAGAGCGUC